GAGGGGAAAAAAAACCCCGCUUUUGGUUGAGGUUUUCCUGUUACUAUCACUGUAGCGUUUAUUUAGCCAAUCUCCUAACUAUGACGUGAGGAAGGCAGGAAUCAUGGCUCGCUCAUAAUAUUUAACACACCCACUGAAAGCUGGAGCUGCAGAGCUACUAGUCCAACCAGUCUCCAGAAUUCAGUGUAGCUGAAAGAGGUUUUCACUCUGCACCUGCCAAAGAUCUCUCCCCCCUCUUUCCUUCUCUCCCCCCUUCUCUCUUCCUUUCUCUCUCUCUCUAAAAGGCAGAUCUGUAAGACCCAGCAGAGAUCAAAGACCUCUUCGCUAAAAAGAACCUCUACUGAUUUAUAUUAGUUUCUUUCCUCUAAUCCUUCCUUCUCCCCCCCUCUUUUUUUUCUGUGCCAUAUUUAACCUUUAUGUUGCAGUUGUGCCAUCAGACAGUUUUGCAGCCAAAAAAAACCAACCCAAGCCAAAGCAAAAGCCCAGCUCGGAUACAGCAGCCACCCAGACUCGAUCUCAGUUGAACAUACUAAUCUCUCCCAAGCACUGGACGCGAUGGACGAAGAAACUGGAACUGCUCUAAGAAAAUGAUUUUCCAGCCAAUGUUCUUAAAGAGUCUGAGAGAAGAGAGGGAGCGAGAGCGAGCGGAGAGCGCUUCUGCUGCAUCACUGCUCAAAUCCAAGGGAAGGGAGUCAGCGUUUCCAGCACAGCCAAAUAUUAUGGAUGAUUUUUUUUCUUCUGUCGCCUUUCCGCACAGUUCUUGAUGAUACUGAGAAAUGAGGACCUAUCGGGUUUAGCCUGUUUAUUUCUCGGCGCCUAUGGAGGUAACUUUAUUGACUUGAUCGCUCGCUUCCCGACCCGAGAGGAGCAACCCGGAGCCCCGGGGGGGGCCCGGCAGCCCCGCGCCCGCCCGGGCUCUCUCCGCCGCCGCCUCCCCUCCCUCCCCCUUCCCCCGGUAAUUCAUCAGCCGCCCCGGCCAUGAAAAUGCUCCUGGUCCGCAAGUUCCGGGUGCUCAUCCUGAUGGUGUUCCUCGUCGCCUGCACCAUGCACAUCAUGAUCGACCUCCUGCCGCGGCUGGAGCGCCGCGGGCCCGAGGGCCGCCCGGGCUGUUCCUGCCCGCCGCCCGCCGCCGCCGCGCCGCCCCGCGCCGCCCCGCGCUGGCCCAGCAAGCACACGCUGCGGAUCCUGCAGGACUUCAGCGCCGAGCCGGCCUCCAACCUCUCCUCGCAGUCGCGGGAGGCGGCGGCGGAGCGGGCGGCGGGCGGUGGAGGCGCUGGAGGCGGCGCGGGGGCGGUGGCGGCGGCGGGGAGGACGCGGCGGCUGAUCGGCCCCGGGGCGCCGCGCCCGCCGCCCCCCGCCGCCGCCGCCGCCGCCGCCCCGCUGGCCGCCCUCUUCGAGCACCCGCUGUACCGCGCCGCCCUGCCCCCGCUGGCCGACGGCGACCUGCUCUUCAAUGUCAACAGCGACAUCAGGUUCAACCCGCGGGCGGCCGAGCAGCCCGAGUGGCAAAAUGAAGAUCAUCAUGAAGAAUUUUUGCCAACAGGAGAAACCUCCAUAGACUCCUACCCAAACUGGUUAAAAUUCCACAUUGGCAUUAAUCGGUACGAGUUGUAUUCCAGACAUAAUCCUGCAAUUGAGGCUUUACUACAAGACCUUGUCUCCCAAAAGAUAACCAGUGUUGCGAUGAAAUCAGGAGGCACCCAGCUGAAGCUGAUCAUGACAUUCCAGAACUAUGGACAAGCAUUGUUCAAACCAAUGAAGCAAACCAGAGAACAAGAAACCCCGCCUGACUUUUUUUAUUUCUCAGACUAUGAGAGACAUAAUGCAGAAAUAGCAGCAUUUCAUCUGGACAGGAUCCUGGAUUUCCGUCGCGUGCCACCGGUUGCAGGUAGACUGGUUAACAUGACAAGGGAAAUACGAGAUGUUACUCGUGACAAGAAGCUGUGGAGAACGUUUUUCAUCUCACCAGCCAACAACAUCUGCUUCUAUGGGGAAUGUUCCUACUACUGCUCAACAGAGCACGCCCUGUGUGGAAAACCAGAUCAGAUUGAAGGGUCCCUGGCUGCUUUCCUACCAGAUUUGUCUUUAGCAAAAAGGAAAACCUGGAGAAACCCUUGGAGACGUUCCUACCACAAGCGCAAGAAAGCAGAAUGGGAAGUUGAUCCAGAUUAUUGUGAAGAGGUUAAACAAACACCCCCGUAUGACAGUGGGACCAGAAUUCUGGAUAUAAUGGAUAUGACAGUUUUUGAUUUCCUAAUGGGUAACAUGGAUCGACAUCACUAUGAAACCUUUGAGAAGUUUGGAAAUGAAACGUUUAUUAUCCACUUAGAUAAUGGAAGAGGGUUUGGAAAAUAUUCCCAUGAUGAACUUUCCAUAUUGGUGCCUUUAAACCAGUGCUGCAGAAUAAGGAAGUCUACCUAUCUGCGAUUACAGCUGUUAGCCAAGGAGGAAUACAAACUCAGUCUCUUGAUGAAAGAAUCUUUGCUAAAAGAUAAAAUAGCUCCGAUUCUCUACCAGCCUCACUUGGAGGCGAUGGACAGGCGGCUACGGAUUGUCCUCAAGGCUGUUAGUGACUGUAUAGAAAAGGAUGGUUAUGACAAUGUGGUUGAAAAUGACUUUAACACUGAUGUUAACACUGUUACGACCGAGAGGUAGUGAAAUCGCAAGACUACGUUUUUACCAGCCAAGUAAAGAAGAUUCAAAGAGGAAAAAAAAGAAAAAGAAAAUAAAAA